AUGGAUGACUUGUCAUUCACAAUAGUCAACGGACCGCUCACCUUUCUCAACAUCUUUGCAAACAUAUUUUUCAUCUUCUGCAUGCUCUGUCCACCGCACGGCAGAGAGGGACUCAAACAGCCCAUGAAGUUACUGCUGGGAUCUAUGGUAUUCUGUACCACUGUCUACCUGGUCUCUCUCAUUGCAGCACAAUGCUUGUGGAUGGUCUCUGCCAGUUCUGAGAUUUACUCUGCUUCUUAUCUAAUAAUGAUGUACAUGGCAGCAACCAGCAUGUCAACAUCUAUAUGGUUGAAUUUCUUCUACUACACUCAGAUCGUCCCUGCCCAGCGAGCUCUCUUCACCUGGGUGAAGAGGAACAUCAAAAGCAUCAUCUACUGGGGCCUAUUUGGCGACAGGGUGUUCUUUAUGUUUCAAUUUGCUGUGAGGGCUACAGGAGAAUUUUAUUCCUCAGGAGAGGGGCCUUCUAAUACCACAGGUUUCACAUCAACAAAUGGCACUGCUAAUGUCUCUCCCAAAAAGGUGCCGAUUAAUAACACAACCACAUUAGCCAACGCCACUGAUGCUGCCUCUCUAACAGUCCUGCUUCACACACUGAUAGUAAGUGAGUGUUUGAAAAUUAUCUACGUCUUUUUUUGCCUCUGUGUGAUGGUGGGGUCAAGCUGUGCCACAGUGUGCUACCUGCACAGACACAUGAAGAGCAUGAAAGAGAUAGGCAGCCCCUUCUCCUCUCCCCGACUGCACAGUCAGAUGAGGGUCACCAUCGCCGGUAUCCUGCAGGGAAUUCUCUUCCUCUUUACCGCACUGUGGAUUUUCAUUCAUUACUCAAGCAAGGUUCUUUCUUCUACAUCCUUUGACGAUAAUAUCUUGUACACAGUAAUCUCUCUCUACAAGUUCGGCACCACUUUAAACCUGGGCAUCGGUCAGGCUGUUUUCAGACAGAGGGCAGCUGAUGUUUGUCUCAAAGCCAAACAGGCACUGAAGCUGUGA